ACAGUGAUGAUAGAUGAUCUUUGACUAUAAGAUAAAAAAAUAUAUAUACGAAUUAUCCGCUCAGCGCUUGAGGCGGUACCUGCGUUUAUACGUCGGUAGUGACUUCAUACCUCCCCCACGUCCUGCCCGACGUUCUUCAACCAAGAGGAUGGAUGUGCCGUCAAGACACGAAUAAACGGUGUAUUGUCCGAUUUUUUGAACACGCGGAUAUGUCAGCGAUUAUGAAUACAUAAGCUCGAGCCAGGGGCAGCGAUGGCGGAGCCGGCCUGCAGGAAGAUGUGAAGAAGAGCUCCAACCCCCCUGAGAGCCAUGAACGCCUCCCUCCCCCCCCCAGGUCUGCUGGUGCCCCCCCAACCCGCCCUCAACACCAGCUCCGACCCCCACUCCUCCCCCCGCUGGGAGCUGAUCCACACCGCAACCCUGACGGCCUGCUCCUUCCUCCUCCUCCUCAUCUUCAUCCUAGGUUCCUACGGUAACCUGGUGGUGUUUCUCUCCUUCUUCGACCCUGCGUUCCGGAAGUUCCGCACCAACUUUGACUUCCUGAUCCUGAACCUGUCUGUGUGCGACCUGUUCCUGUGCUGCGCCGGGGCGCCAAUGUUCGCCCUCGUCCUUUUCCUGGACGGAGGGGGCGGAGUCUCCCAGGGCUUCUGCUUCGCCUUCCAGCUCAGCAGCUCUGGCUUCGUCCUGGUCUCCCUGGAGACGGUGGCGGUGAUCGCGCUGCACAGGCUGCGCGUGGUCCUGGGGCAGCAGCCGUACCGCUCCGCCUCCCCGCCCUGCACCCUGGCCCUCACUGCCCUGCUGUGGGCCUCCAGCUUCACCAUGGCCACGCUGCUCACCCUCAGGGCGUACGCCCGGAGGGACGGGCCCUGCCUGCCGCACCUGGGCCCGGCGGGGGCGCGCGCCCGCGUGGUGCUGUACGUCUACCUGGCCGACUUCGCCUUCUGCGUGGCCGUGGUGACCGUCUCGUACCUGAUGAUCGCUCGGACGCUGAGGAAGAACGCGCGGGUGAGGAGGUGCCCGGUGAUCGCGGUGGACGCCACUCGGCCCCCCGCCCCGCUGGUGGUCGCUGGCUUCGAGGGCGUCCAGGUGCCGUCGCUUUACCGCAACCAGAGCUACAACAAGCUGCAGCACGUCCAGACGCACCCGCUCCCCCCCCGCGUCACGCCAGUGCCGGGCGCCGCCCAGGGCGCCACCUGCUGCCAGCUGGUCUCCUCCGUCAACCUGGCCUCGGCCAAGGACUCGCGCGCGGUGAGCACGUGUGUGGUGAUUGUGUGCUGCGUGCUGCUGUGCUGCCUCCCCAUGGGCGUGGCGCUGGCGCAGGACGUGCUGGGCCCACGCAGCAGCUCAGCCCACCUGCAGCUGGAGCUCUGCAGCCUGGCGCUCAUCCUGCUCAAGUCGGGCAUCAACCCGUUCGUCUACUCCCGGAACAGCGCCGGGCUGCGGCGCCGGGUGCUCUGCUGCCUCCAGUGGGUGGCGCUGGUGUUCCUCUGCUGCAAGCACAAGACCCGUCUGCACGCCAUGGGCAAGGGCAGCCUGGAGGCCAACAGGAACAAGUCGUCUCACCACGAGACCAACUCUGCGUAUGUGCUGUCGCCCAAGCCCCAGCGCAGGCUGGUGGACCAGGCCUGCGGGCCCAGCCAGUCCAGGGAGCCUGCAGGGAGCCCCCGUACCACUGGGGGGCGCCGCCCGCGGCCGCCCAGCACCUCCACCCCCAUCAACACGCGCAUCGAGCCCUACUACAGCAUCUACAACAGCAGCCCCUCGGCCGGCCCCAGCUCCCCCAGCACCCUGCAGCCCAACAGCAACCCAGCCUUCAGCCUCGCCAAAUCCUACGUGGCGCUGCACUACCACACCCACCAGGACGCCCUGCAGGACCGUGAGAGCAGCACAGUGCACCAGAUCCCCAUCCCAUCUGUUUAAGACCCUCAGUCUAACCUCUCACCCCUACCCCCCCACUCCUAAUCCUAACCUCACCCCUACCCCCCCACUCCUAACCCUAACCUCCCCUCGUCUCUACCAGGGAGUUUAUAAAUGGCUGCCAUGUCUGAAGCUCUUCCCCCUCCCUCGGAGAUGGGAGUCUGCGGACCAGAGUUGUCAUAAUCCAGAUUGGAUUUUCAUAACAAAGGAAGUGUUAUUCAAUUGACUGAAUAACACCAUCACAACAUUUUACAUAUUGUUCUAUUUAGAUGGUAUUUCUCUUCAAAAUAAUAGUGAUUGUGAACCUCAUGCAUUUUCUAUCAAUCAAUAAAUGUUUUGCGACUGUAGUGUGUUUAGUUGUAUAGUAUGUAGUGA